GAUGAGCUACUCGACGUAUUGUUCCGCAGAUGUGGGAAGCCCGACUGUGGCUAGAGGGCGGCGGUAGCGCCGGGAAGCCACAAGAGGCUGAAAAAUGAGGAUUACGGCGCUUUGAGGACUUCUUUUAGCCUUCACGUCUUAUCGGCCAGUGCAUCUCAGCUGCCACACGCAGGCCGCCUUUCCACCUCUAUCGCCGCUGCCGCCGCUGCGUGGUAGCCAUGGCGACCAGUGCUGUGCCGAGUGACAACCUGCCAACGUACAAGCUUGUGGUAGUGGGAGACGGUGGCGUCGGGAAGAGCGCGCUCACCAUCCAGUUUUUCCAAAAGAUCUUCGUUCCGGAUUAUGAUCCCACCAUUGAGGACUCUUAUCUUAAACACACCGAAAUUGACGGACAGUGGGCCAUACUGGACGUGCUGGACACAGCAGGCCAGGAGGAGUUCAGUGCCAUGAGGGAGCAGUACAUGAGGACGGGAGACGGCUUCCUCAUUGUCUUCUCUGUGACGGACAAGGCCAGCUUUGAACACGUUGACCGCUUCCAUCAGCUAAUACUACGGGUUAAAGACAGAGAAGCCUUUCCUAUGGUUCUGGUGGCAAACAAAGUGGACUUGGUCCAUUUGCGGAAGAUCACUACUGACCAGGGCCAAGAAAUGGCUGCAAAACAUAAUAUAACUUAUAUUGAAACCAGUGCCAAGGAUCCUCCCAUGAACGUGGAUAAGGCCUUUCACGAGCUGGUCCGUGUUAUAAGGCAACAAGUCCCAGAGAAGAACCAGAAGAAGAAGAAGAAGUUGAAAUGGAGGGCAGAACGUUCCGCAGGUUCUCACAGGCUCCACUGUGUCAUAUUGUGACCUCCUUCGUCCUUGAGCCAUUCCCACAUAACACACACACACACACAUACACAUUUUGGGAUGUCAGGGAACUCCUCAGCAGUCAGUUACUACUGGAGCACAAAAAGAGAGACAAGUUGGGGUCGGAGCAUGUUUGGGUGGAUGUACAGGAGGGGUCUUUCUCCUCCUCCAUUUUGGCCCCUUUUCAUCCCAGCCCACAGCCCCUCCAUGUUAAUAUUGACCCAGAAGUACCGAUUUGGUGUUUGGGGGGGGUGACAUCACAAAAAAAGGUUUUCUGGACUACUUCACCCCCCCCCCCCCAUCUCACCAGGAAGAAGAGCCCCCGUAUCGUCUGUGAACUGGUGCUUGUUUUAGUUGUGUUCUCUCUGCAGAGUAGGCGUUGGGGGGGGGGUGCGGCUUUGUGAUAUUUGAGGAGGGUUGAAGCGCGAGCGUCAUGUGGUCACAUGAUCAGAGGUGGAAAGCUAUGUGGAAGCGAGCGGAGACGUGACGCCAGGAGUCCGUAUUAUGUUGUGUGAGCAGUGAACGUGUGUGUGUGUGUGUUAUCAGCUGUGUUGUUGUCGUAAAUGGAAGGUCGCUCUGUGUAUGUGACCACAUGUUCAUGCCACAACGCAACGCAAAUCAACGUGAAAUAUUCCCUUUAUAACAACAACUAACUAAACUGUUUCAAACAUUAAUUGGAGUAUUAGGGUCACACUGAAAAUAAAAUCAUAAAAUAGUUCAAUUAUGACGAAAACAAAGCAGAGUCUUAUGAAUGUAAUGUAACAUUACACAUUAUUUCCUGUUAUUGUCACUAUAGUCCCGUAAAAUUACAACUUUUUCUCGGAAUAAAGUGACUUUAUUUUAAUAUUGUUACAAUUUUUUUGUAUUAUUACAAGUUCAUUCCUGUAAAAGUACUAGGGAUGUUCCCAUCAGGAUUUAAAAAAAAUAUAUAUUCUGAUCGGGAUUUUAUGCUACCGAUACCGAUAAGCCAUGAGUGAAAUCGGCCGAUACCGAUAUCAAUACCGAUCACAUACAGUACAUGCAGUGUAAAUGUUUCCAUGUACUACUGGCUAGAUUGGGGGUCACCAAAUGGCCUGAGAUGCUCAGUUUUAUUUCAAGCCAAACAAAGCCGCUGCCUGACGGAUGAUCACAUCGCAAGCCUCAAACUCACCACACCCCGCCAAAUGUUCGGCCCCAAAUGCCACCCCAGUGAGACAUUUUUGAGGCAUGUUUUGCAGAGUCCAAAACUAAUCUCUGGAAGUCCCGCACACAGCAGACAUGCUUGUUCUGUUUAAAUUGGGGUUUUAAAGCAAGUAUCGCCCCAUCGAUCGGAGCACCCUAAUAAUUACGUUUCUUGUAAUAUGUGAAUUAUUAUCCUAUUAAUAUUACACCUUCAUCCCCAAACAUUGAAAACUUUUUCUUGCUAUUUAAUGAUUUAAUUAUCAUACGUUUUUUCCUAUUACAACAAAACCAAAAUCUGUUUACUGUCAAAAUGUUUUGUAUUAAGAUUACAAAUUUAAGGUCAUAAAAUUACAACUUUAUUUUCAACUUGACUUUAUUCUCAUAUGAUUAAAUGUUUUAUGUAUUCAUUCCAAAUUCCAUUCCUGUAAAAAAACCCUUUGUAAUAUUACAAGUUUUAUCCGAUUUCAACUUUAUUCCCAUAAAACAAACCGUUUUUCUUAUAAUAUAAUUUAAUAUUAAUAUUACAAAUUUAGCCACUGCAUUUUUGUGUGUGCGAUGCAGUGACUUGGUUCUUUUUGUUAUUAUUACAAAUGAUACUUAUUUAAUAUAACAAAAUAUGGAUUUAGUACUUGUUCUUAGGACUCAAAUCUUGUAAAUCUGUGACUGUAUUUGUAUUGUAUUAUUAUUAUUAUUAUUUUGUCAUUUUCGCUGUGGCCCUAAUACUCCUUCAUAAGUUUUUUGGUCAGUUUUUUCUAUUUUCAAAAGAAACUUUUCAAUCUGCUUAGUUUGUUUUUCAGCCUCGCUGUGAAGGUGAGGUGUCGAUACGAGCAUUUGCCAGUAGGUGGCAGUGUAAACAAGCUGUAAUGCUGAUCCACAUAAGGAGAGCAGGUGCUAGCAGGCUCCAAAUGCCAAAAUGUCUAUUUUGACUUUAUUUUCUUGCACGUGGGAGCUUUGCAGACGGCACCCAUGAAUUCAGGUUGACGUUGUGAGACCAAUCAGUAAAAAGGGACAGCACAUAUUCAAAUAGGAGCCUACCUCCAGGAGGCAAUAAGACGUCGAGAUACGACAAUGUGACGCUCAAAAGGGAGAGUGUGUAUGGGAACGUCCAAUUUAAUAACCUAUGAAAUGGCUCGUACUGUUAACGCACUAAAACAAUUUUUGUCUGAAUGGCGUUCCGUCUAUAAAAAAAGAAAACAUAUUUGCACUUUUUAAUCCGACGUCGCGAUGUCUUUCCUAUCAAGGCAUGUGGUCUACUUUUCCAAUCUGUAAGAGA